UUAUACGCGCUACUGCUAGGUUGGGCUAGCCAUGUGCGCCCAGUUCGAACGUAGCAGCAGCGCUUUUCGCUAGUACGCGCUACUGCUAAAGUCAUAGCAAUAGCGCGGUUUAUUCACGCGCGCUGCUACUAAGUAGCAGCAACGCUUGAUUUUGUACAGCGCUACUGGUAAAAUUCUGUGUAUAGGCUUUUCCCUAGUAGUGCAAUAUGCAUGGACUCCACCGAGAAAUUACCACUCACAUAUAGGUCCUGACGAAAUACAACGAUCCCUUGCGUCAAUUGCAUCGUGGAUAGGCGUUGUACCAAAAUGUUCCACGAUUCAAGGCUAGGGCCACUUAAAUCUCUCCUGAACGCCACAUUCGGCGGAAAGGAUUCCAUAACCGUGGCGAUAGUAUCACACUUAUGCCGCACAAUAUUGUAUAGGGCGGGAUAUUGUUCCUGGAGAGUGGCAGUGCCUAGCCACUUAUCCUCCCAGAACCUAACCUUUGAUCCGUCCUUAAUGAGGUCAGAGGUUUCGUUGAGGAUCAAAGCAGAGAAACUGAAGGAGGACAUCUAUGUAUUCAAUAACUUCAGAGGUAAAGAUGGGUGCUUCAGGAAGGACAUAACAAAUGAGCCAAAGGGAUUGUUAAGUUUGUACAACGCUGCUUACCUUUUUGUUCAUAAUGAGCCGGAGCUCGAAGAAGCCAUUUCCUUCGCCAGACAUCAUCUUGAAGUAAUUAGGGGCAGUCUCAACUCCCCUUUAGCCGAGCAAGUCAAACGAGCUCUUCAGGUACCACUUCCAAGGACCUCUAGAAGGGUGGAAACAUUGCACUACUUGUCGGAAUACAGAAAAGAGAAGGACUAUAAACCUCUUAUACUUGAGCUCGCACAGCUGGAUUUUACCCUUCUGCGGCAUGUCCAGCUAAUGGAGCUCAAAGAUAUUAGCGAGUGGUGGAAUAACCUGAAGAGCAUCUGUGGAUUAACCUAUGUGCGUGAUCGUAUUGUGGAGGCUUACUUGUGGUCUCACACAGUGUUCUAUGAGCAAAGUUGUGCACGCGCAAGGAUGAUCAAGGCCAAGUUAAUUACACUAAUCACCAUACUGGAUGAUACAUAUGAUGUACAUGCCACCAUAGAGGAAUGUAGGCUGCUAAAUGCAGCCAUUCAAAGAUGGGAUGAGAGUGCCAUUUCUGACGUACCAGAGUACCUGAAAAUGUUCUAUAGAGAAUUGCUAAGAAACUUUCGGAUGUUUGAGGGAGAAGUGGCAAUAGUUGACAAGUACCGGAUUGACUACACGAAGAAAGCGCUCCAAAAUCAGUCUGCUUAUUAUCUCCAAGAAGCUGAAUGGGUACAACAAAAUCAUAAGCCAUGUUUUGAAGAUCAAGUGAAUCUGACAUCCAUGUCCUCAGCCGUGCCAUUGCUAUCUGUGGGUAUGUUGACUGGCAUGGGUGAGGCAAUAACGAAUGCAGCAUUCGAUUGGGUUGCCAGUAGGCCUGAUGUAGUCAUAGCCGGCGCAAGGAUUGGCCGUUUUCUGAAUGACAUCGCGGCAUAUAAACGCGGAAAGAACAGUGGGGACGUUGAGAGCUCUGUGGAGUGUUACAUCCAUGAGCAUGGAGUUACAGAUGAGCAAGCCUUCACAGUAAUCUAUUCACUCAUAGAGGAUGGGUGGAAAACCACGAAUCAGGCUCGCUUUGAUCACGGUGCACUACUCCCAGCAGUGCAGCGGGUUGUCAAUGCGGUUGUUAGCAUGCAACUCUACUACGACAAUGGAGGAGAUGCAUACACAUUCAACAUGCACAUUCAAGAGAUCGUCAACAAACUGUUUCUCGAGCCCAUUCCUAUGUAAUCUCCAGUAGAUGUACAAGAUGUAUCGGGUCAUCACAGAUUAGGGACCCCUACUAUUAUCUGUGUGAAUACGUAUUGUUUUAGUUACCCCAAUCAUCCACUGUAUUGCUGAUGUUUGGUAUGGGAUGUAAUAACGCUAUUUAUGUUGUUUUGAUGCA